UGCGGAAGUACAUCCUUUCGUCGAUGCUGGGAGAAUUGAGCACUCACGGCUACCGUAGAUGUUUGUCAACCCCCGUACUGUUUUUAUUGAAAUUUUUAAAGCAGUUCGGGACAGAGUGAAGUGUCAUCAAUGAUCUGUAUCCUGCUGGUCGCCGGACACGGCACCGUGUUGGAGACCCAAAUAAAGAAUGAUGACACAGGCCUGUACAGCCUCCUGAGGGGGGUACCGAAGGCCUUACUUCCUGGAAUUGGAGGAAAGAAGAUCCUUGACUUUUGGUGGGAAACUGUCAACAUGCGACAGCUGUUCACAGAAGUGUAUCUGGUCACUAAUGCAGACAAGUAUAAGCACUUUGAGCGCUGGGCCACAGCUAACGACUUCCCGGUGGAAAAUGUGAUAAAUGACGGCAGUACCACGCUGGAGGACCAACUCGGGGCUGUGGCCGACCUGCAGCUGGCCAUACGCAGCCGCAAGCUGCAGGACGACAUCAUGGUGAUUGCAGGAGACAUGCUGUGUGCAGACCAGAACUUUGACGUUGCUCAAGUGAUCCGAUUCUUCAGGUCAAAGCCUGGAGAGCUGAUCAUUUACUACGAGCUGGAAGAAAGUGAGAAAAGCAGCUCCAGGGGCAUUGUGGAGGUUUGCCCUGACACACACAGGAUAACUCGCUUCCUGGAGAAACCGCAGGAAGGGCUGACAGACUCGCGGCUGGCCAGCGUGGUGUUUUACUGCAUCCAGAGAGACACGCUGUCCCACCUGUCGGACUUCCUCUGCCUGCAGCCUCAAGCCACUGACAGGAGCUUCGGACGAUUCUGGGAGUGGCUCAUUAACGACAAGCAACUGGAUGUGUUUGGGAUGAAGCUUCCCACUGGCUUCCAGCUCAUUGGACAAGUGGGCCUGUCGGACUACACCAAGUGGCUCACCCACUACUCCACAAAGCCACAGGACAAUCCUGCUAAACCAAUCACAUUCCGAUCAUAUGCCAGGGUUGGAUUAAUAGGGAAUCCCUCGGACGGCUUUAAUGGGAAAACCAUCGCCAUGUCCAUCUCUAACUUCUGGGCCGAGGUCACUCUGGUGGAGAGCCAGACUUUGGUUUUAGUCCCUCAUCCACUCAAUGACCCCACAGAGUUUGGAAGCCUGCAAGAUCUGUUCUGCAUCAGCAGGAAAGAAGGGUACCUGGGAGGGCUGCGGCUACUGCAAGCCACCUGUAAGAAGUUCUACCAGUUCUGCUCCAAACAGGGUAUUGCCUUGACGAAACAGAACUUCACCCUCAAGUAUGACACCAACAUCCCUCGACAAGUGGGCCUCGCUGGAAGCAGUGCCAUCGUCUCAGCUACCCUCAAGUGUCUUAUGAAAUUCUACAACAUCACAGACAAUGAUCUCCCAAAGCCGAUCCGAGCCAACUUCAUCCUCAACGUGGAGACUGAUGAGCUCUUCAUCACUGCUGGCCUGCAGGACAGAGUGGUGCAGGUGUAUGAAGGCUUGGUCUACAUGGAUUUCAGCAAGAAGCUCAUGGACGAGCAGGGCUACGGGAACUAUGUUCCUAUGGACAUGAGUGGGCUCCCACCAUUCUGGCUGGCGUACCUGAGCGACCCCAGUGACUCUGGACGCAUCCACAGCAACAUCAGACAGCGCUGGCUCAGCGGGGAGCCUCUGGUUGUUGAGGCCAUGAAAACCUUUGCCGAGCUCACUGAUAAAGCCAGGAUGGCUCUACAGGACAGAGACUGGAGCAGUCUGGCACAGCUGAUGGACCAGAACUUUGAGCUGCGCAGGACUGUCUACACCGAUGACUGUCUGGGCCCAGGGAAUCUCAAGAUGGUUCAACUGGCGAAGCAGUUUGGCUCGGCCGUGAAGUUGCCAGGCAGUGGCGGGGCCGUGGUGGGUCUGUGUCUGGAUAAUGCAAGACUGGUGGAGUUAAGGCAAGCCUUCCAGGAGGCAGGCUGCGUCUUCUGUGUCAUCACACCAUACAACCCAUCUGCCAGCACUGUCGGUGGCCAGCACUAACCUCACCUCUCCCCACGCCUCAGUCAGGCUUCCCAAGGCCAAGUCAUGGCCAUCGACUGAAUACAGCACAGUGUGGCCUUCAAUCAAUCCCAGUGUCAUUUCACAGGACUUCCUAUGAUGGAUGAUAAAGACUGAGAUCAUAUACGUGAUAUUUUGUGUAAGAUAAAAAAAAAUAAUAAUAAUCAGUGCUGCUAUUAGGAUCUUUACUUUGUAUAAUAAUUUGACCAAAUAGUGUUUUGUCAAACAUCAGGUGUCGCUUGACUUUCUAGCUAGAAUAUGAGGGAAUCUUCUUGUUUGGAAGCUUUGAUGAUAAUAUGAUAUUCUGGUUGUUUAAAGUCAAUUAAAGUGUACUGAGGUAAUACCCAGUGUAAAAAAUGUAAGUAUCUUUUCUACAUUCAUGAUAUAGACACUUAUUAUUGAUUUUGUUAUCUUUCUAUGAUGAAUGUAACUUUGUUAACAAAUUAAAAUAAUUGUUAUACCUCUGAA